AUGACUGGUGAGGAAACAAAGUGUCCUGUUGAUCAUGAUGCUCGUGAAGCAUGGAUCAAGCAUAGUGGUGGAAUUCCCCCAAAUCAUCCGAAAGUGGGAAGCGAAGAGGAUGGUUCUCAGUGUCCUGUGAACCACGAGGCUCGUCAAGUUUGGUUACAGAAGGCCGAUGGAUCGAAAAUGGUGCAAGAUGUAGAAUGUUCAUCGGAUCAAAUGGGCAACACGCCCCAGUACAGUACGAAUGUCGCUUUGCCCACAGAACGUGAAAUAUCGUCGAUUCCACGAAGUGGAACCGACCAACAUUGGGUUUAUCCGUCGCAGAAACAAUUUUACGAAGCCAUGGUACGUAAAAAUUGGAAUCCAGACCCCGAAGAUAUGAAAGUCGUGAUCCCUAUCCACAAUUCUGUUAACGAGCGAGUUUGGAACUAUAUCAAGCUUUGGGAAGGUGAUGAAAGCGCCCGCGAGUGUGGUGGGAUACAAUUGGCGAGCUUUAAGGGUGAUUCCAAGAAAUUAACGCCCAGAGCUUGGUUCAGAAGCGCGAUCUUAGGAUAUGCUAAGCCUUUUGAUCGUCACGAUUGGACCAUCAACAGGUGUGGCACAAAUGUCGACUACGUUAUAGAUUUUUACAGUGGGGACAAUUCUGCUGUGGGAUCAGACGUAUAUUUGGACGUGCGUCCCAAACUGAACAGUUUCGAAGGUGUCAAAAUGAGAAUCAAGCGGUCUUUGGGGUGGUAA